AUGGCUUUCUACAAAGUGAUCUGUGUGGCAGCUCUGCUGACUCUCCUGACACAAGAGUGUCACUCACAAAUAAGUGUGUGUGGACAGCCAAAGCUCAACACCAAGAUUGUUGGAGGACAGGUGGCCUCUGCAGGCAGCUGGCCCUGGCAGGCCAGUCUGCAAAGGUCUGGGUCCCACUUCUGUGGAGGAUCCCUCAUUAACAAUCAAUGGGUGCUGACUGCUGCUCACUGCUUCUACAGCACAGGCAUAACCACACGCACUCUGACUGUAUCUCUGGGUCGCCAGACACUACAGGGAUUGAACCCCAAUCAAGUGUCUCGGACAGUGUCACAGAUCAUCAUUCAUCCCAACUAUGACUCCGACACUGAUGACAACGACAUCUGCCUCCUGAAGCUCUCCUCACCGGUGACUUUCACCACCUACAUCCAGCCCGUCUGCCUGGCAGCCCCAGGCAGCACCUACUACAGCGGCAUUCCAGCCUGGGUCACCGGCUGGGGCAGGAUUGGAAGUGGAGUGAACCUUCCACCCCCAGGAAACCUGAUGGAGGUGCAGGUACCGGUUGUGGGGAACAGAAAGUGUAACUGUAACUACGGAAUGGGCACAAUCACACGCAACAUGAUGUGCGCCGGGUUCAGUGCUGGAGGGAAGGACUCCUGUCAGGGGGAUUCAGGUGGUCCGAUGGUGAUCAAGCAGAGCGGUCGCUGGAUCCAGGGGGGAGUCGUGAGUUUUGGUUACGGCUGUGCCCUGCCUAAUUUCCCGGGAGUCUACACCCGAGUGUCCCAGUAUCAGUCCUGGAUCAACAGCCAGAUCACCAGCAACCGGCCAGGCUUCCUCACCUUCAGGUCCCCUGGGACUGACGGUGACCUCAGCGUCACCUGUCGAGGCCUGCCACCAAAAACCACAGGCUAAGGGUAUUCUGGCGGUCCUAUGAUGUGUGAGCGGGCGGCUGUUGGUUCAGCAGUGUUCAAAACAACGCCACCUACACGGUCAAGCAGAUUCAUUGAUGUUCUUCACCAAACUCAUCACUUACUUGCUUUGAGACCUAUCUGGCUCAGACAGUGGGUCUUUACUCCAGCCUCCAACACCACCAGCAACAACAACAGCACCAAACACAGCUGCCACUAUGCAGUACCUACUCCCAGUGGGGGUGCUUCUGCUCACUCAUCCUUCUUCUUCCAUCUCCACCUCUUAUUAUUAAAUGAAUGUAAACAACCUUAAAUUUGAGAGAGAGUGGAGGCUUAAAGAUGCAUUAAUUAAUCUAAGACUUGAUUCUGCCUCGUGACUGCUAGAGAUCAAAAAGAGAUUCUAGAUGCCACCUGCUUUCCUGCUUCAUCUGCUUUAAAACGAAGGGUGUAAAAUGAAUGCAAAUUAAAGGGGAUAUGUAGUUUUUCAAUGAAAUCACUUAUUAAUAAAUAUCUUUUGAGCUUC